GUCUGUCCCCUUCUCACAGCCCCCGUUUAGACGCGGAUAACUCCUGGAAAAGGCCCUGCUGGAGGUGAAGGAUUAGCAUCACAGAGUCAGGAAGGGCAGGGAUCAGUGACAGCUGACUCUCCCUGCAGCCCCUCAGCCCUCUUGCUGCAUUUCCUGGUUGUUGUGAUGUUAAUUGUGCUAAUUCCACCCCCAUGUCACAGCUGCAGUGUGUGGAUGCGAGCAGGGUCCCCACGGGCCCCACACACAGAGGGGUGGCAGGACCAGGGGCAGCCCCCCCUGCACAAACCCAGUCCUCCCCCCAACAUCUCGCCAAGAUCAUAAAUGGUUCAAAGCAGCAACUCUCUGUCGGCACCUCUGCCUGGUGUGCCAUUUGAGGUUGGGGACAACCCUGAGGGCCGGAGCGUGGCAGUGGCCUGGUGCCAGGCUGAGGCCCCGUGCCGCGCGUGGGCUGCUCGAGGAAUCCCUUCUGUGGCGUGUUUGGCAUUCUGAAGCCGCAGCAAGCAUCUUAUUUAACUUUUGUCAUUAGAAACGAAGAGACUUUUCAGUGGUGAAGAAGCCUGGGGAAAUGCACGCCGUAAAUGGCGACGGGGAAAGCUUUGAUCCAAUUGUGGGGUUUGAUUUCUAUUGGAAUCCGUGUUCCAAAGCAGAACGAAGGAUACCAAAGCCAUUUUUUGUCAACAAUUGCAUUUGGUUUUGGCACUCAGAAAGAUAAGAAUAAGCGGUUCCCACAUUAGUAAAACAGGGAAGAGCUUAAGGAAACAGCAAGGACUGGUGUCCAAACGCUCGCAGCACCGCUCUCAGUAACGCUCGCAGCACAGCAGGGCCUUUCACAGCAUGCAAAUGUAUCGCUGCUCCAGAUCAAAAGGAGCAAAGUGAGUCAGCUCCUAUCGCAGCCUCUGGGCUUUCACAGUGCCUGUGGUGCCUCCAGGCCCGUGCCCCCCCCAGGGCUGUGCCUGGGGCUCUGCAGCUGCGGGGAGAGCAGCGGUGACCAACGCAUCCAGAGGAGCAGAAGGGCGACCCAGAGCCGCGAUGGAGCUCGCGGUGUCGGUGUUAAAUAACACCCGCUCACGGCAGUUGAGGGGGGCAGGACUCGUUCCAGCACUAUUAAUAUAGCCCCUAUUUAUAUUCCUGAGUUCCUGCAAGCGCCACAGCAGAGCUACAGCUGCAGAGCUAAAAUGGAAUAAAUGUCAACCCCCGGGGAGAACGUGAUCCUUUCAGCCAUCAUGAGGGAAAGCAGACAGCGAAAGGACAGAAUAAGGGGCAGUAUUCAGAGCCGGGAACUGAUCGCGGCACCCUGAGAGCGCAGCCGGUGGGCAGAGCCAGCAGUGACCUCCCUGCAGCAGCGCUCUGUGCCAGAGACGCAGGCUCAGCGUCACACACAGCACCUACGGAUACCGGCAGAGGCAGGCGGGGAUUCGAGCUGCUGUCCGCUGAUCCGGUGCCAGGUGUGACUCAGGACAAAGGAGCAAAAGCCUGAAAGGAAGUUUGGGGUUUUUUUUUUUGAAGUGCAUUGUCUGCAGGACUGGAAAGAUGAUGGAGAGCACAGGAGGGCCGUAUCUGAACACUGCGGCUGUGACAUCUCCGGUGGGAAUAGUUCGUUUGCUGCAGAUGAUGUUUGGAUGCACCACGUUCAGCCUGGUGGCACACCAGGGGGGAUUCAGCGCAGCGUACGGCACUUUCUGCAUGUUUGUCUGGACCUUCUGCUUUGCUGUCACUGUCUUUAUCAUAACCUGCGAGUUCACGCAUCUGCACAGCUGCCUGAGCAUUUCCUGGGGAAACUUCACCGCCGCAUUCGCCAUGCUCGCCACGCUCAUGUCGGUCACAGCGGCGGUGAUCUACCCGCUCUACUUCGUGCAGCUCGGCUGCUACCCCAUCACCUGCGAGGUGAGAGACUUCCGCAUAGCGGCCAGCGUCUUCGCCGGCCUCGUGUUUGUUGUGUACGGCGCGGAGGUGUUCUUGACCAGGGCCAAACCGGGACAGGUCACCAGCUACAUGGCCACCGUCUCCGGGCUCCUGAAGAUCGUACAGGCCUUUGUGGCCUGCAUCAUCUUUGGGGCGCUGGUGAACGACAGCCAGUAUAGCAAAUACGUGGCAACACAGUGGUGCGUGGCUGUCUACAGCUUCUGCUUUAUGGUCACGGUGGUGGUGGUGGCCUUCAGCGUCACAGGUAAGACCGCCCAGCUGUGCUUCCCCUUCGAGCGCUCUGUGGUCGUCUACACUUUUGGGGCCGUCCUGCUGUACGUGAGCGCGGCCGUCAUCUGGCCGGUGUUCUGCUUUGACAGCAAGUAUGGAUCCCCGCAGCGUCCCAGCGCCUGCGCCAAGGGCAAGUGCCCCUGGGACAGCCAGCUGGUGGUGGCCAUCUUCACCUACGUCAACCUGCUGCUCUACGUUGUGGACCUGGCAUACUCCCAGCGCAUCCGCUUCAUCUCCCACAUCUGAGGCCCAGGUCUGCCCCGGCUCCAGCAGCAGCAGCAGCGGGAGAUGGACGCAGAGAGGACAGGCACCGACCGGGCCAGGAAUCAGAGCUCGUUGCCAGGGCUGAGUGGGCCCACAGUCACAGCCCGGGGCAGGUCAGCUGCCCACCCCCCAUCGAUCGGCAUCUGUUUCAGCCACCUGGUGCCAGAGUGAAGAAAUUCUGCAGUCCGAAGUAUGCAAAAUGGCCUCUCAUCUCCAGAAGGCAAAAAUGCUUGCUGCAAUAGUGGGUCUGUAAGCUGCUGGAAUCCUGAGCCAAAUAUUAGGAAAGACACCAAAGAUUUUGAAACUGUUACCAACACUUAACUAUAAUCAAGUGACUACCCAGGAAGUGGGAAAGUUAAAAGCUGCAUCAAGGAACAGCAGUUCCAGAGAUGAAAAACAAUGUUAGAGUUUGGGUUAGUCUGGGCUGUGUGGUGAGACAUGAAAUACUUGCAAAUGUGGGAAAUUCCAGUCAGGAUGUUUCUGAGAAGAACAUCAUAGCUGUGAUAUUAUUUUGAUGAUUUCCUUUCCCUCUGCUCCCCUGUUUAGCACAGAGGAAGAAUAUCCCAAGCAUGCACCUUGAGGGGAAGCACAGGGUAUUCUAUUUAGCAAACACCAAGUCUUUACAGGAAUGAGCAUUUGUGAAAUCAGAGUUCUAUUGCCAAGAAAUGGUGCAGAACAGACCCAAACUGCAAAGUAACUGCAAUCAGACGUCCUGGCUCGGACAGGACCAGAGGGUACCUUGGCACCUGCGUUGUUCAUAUGCCAUUGCUUCUUUAUACUGAUGUCAGGAUUAUUUUCCUGGAAGUUUAAAGAUAAUUUUGGGGGGAGAGUGGGGGAGGAAGGGUAUGCAAAGAUGAAUCAGUGUCACAGCCCUGCGUAACGACCAAACUUGUAGGGAAAAUCCUUGCACGUAAUGGUAACAAACGGGGAGUGCUGGCUCAGAGCAGAUCAGGUUCUGGGAUUCCUGAGCUCUCUGUGUCACCCACCAGCUGCACUCCUCCGACCCAUCCCUGACAAAACGCCCAAAAAAGUCCCACAUAGCAUGGCUCAGAUUCCCGGCUUAACUGAAGAACUCUUCACUUGUGAUCAGGAAGACACUAAAACAGUUCGAGUUCUCGUGCUGAAAGCAUGCAGAGCAGAUAGGUUGGAUCAACAUCCAGAAGUAGCUGACCGACAGAAACAAAAUUUAUUUUUUAAGCAAAUUAAAAUAAAGCUGAAUGGCAGCCUUGCAUACUACACCUACAGAAGCUUGUGUCCUUUCCUCUUGCUCAUUGUGCAGCUUUUAACUCAGCAGGCAUAGCCCUUCUGCUUUCCAGCAGAAAGCAUAGCUCAAUUCAUUUUGAUGAGCCUGUAUGGACCAGGCCGCCAGCACUUUGGGAUGACGUUCUUUGUAGCAGACUCACUCAGGAAAAAGGAAGGAAAUAUACUUUUCAUUAUUGCCUUGUGUGGGGUUUGAAAAGCAAACGAAAAAUGUCCAUUGGGAGAGGCUACUACUCUAAGGACCUUAGCUGGAACCAUUAGCCCACGAAACAAGCAUUGGUAUCUAUUAGAAAGGGAAUGUGCCGUGCAGCCUUCCAAGGGUUUUUUUCUCUUCUACAAGUUCCCAUUACGGCAGGAAAUUUGGAAGAUAAUGGCUGAGCAAGAGGCUGGCCAGCUUCUCCUAUGGCAGAGCUUCAUGCAACCUAGUAUAGGUAUAAAAAGGGGCACGAGGGAGUUUUAUUUCUUGCAAACCAAACAAAAUAAAGUGUUGCACAAGUCAGAAAUACUGUUUGGAAAAGAAACCUGUUUAUAUUAGAGCAGGCACUGUAGCAGUAGAGCCACUGCAUGCAAAAGGAACCUCGAGCCUUUACAAUGCAUAUUUUUUUAAACCGGUUAACCUGGACAAAUUAAGCCACGAAACACCUGGGGAUUAUUUCGUUGUUGUUAUUAUGGAGCACAGAAAAUCAAAUAGGUGACCUGAAAAAGAAAAAAAACAACAACAGAAAAGGAGUUUUGCUUUAAGAAAGCAUCGUCCUUCCUGCGGACUCCAUUUUGCUACCAGGGGCUGCUGGCGGUGGUGCCCAGCAGAUGCCGCCAAAUCUCACAUGAAUUCUGUUGGAAGCUCCUCUGCUGCAAAACACCUUUUUUUUUUUCCCCCUUUUUUUCCCUUUUUUUUUUUUUUCCAGCUCUGGGGUUGCUUGCUUCUCUCGCUGUGCAGGUUUUGCACCAGGCAGUGAGCAGAAA